AUGACUCUAAAUAAUUCUUCCAAAUCUCGAACGAAAGUCAGCAAAAGAUCGAAAUUUAUUUCAAACAAAAAAGACCAUUCGUCCUCAUCAACGAAUUUUCAAUAUGCAGUCCAUCUGACUAAAAAAGCGUACGAAGAGCGCGAGCAAGCUUGUUCAUACAAGGAUUACCUUGCUCUCAUCACUCUCGCUGCUUUCAAUCGACAUGAGAUCAAGUAUCUCCAAAUUGACAAAUACAAAACCAACACGCAAAUUGAAAUGGAACUACUCAAACGUUGGAAUAAAUUACCAUUGGAAGAACGAAAUAAAUAUGAAAAUGAAGCUAUUGAUAACGAUGUCUUCCAUCAACUAGCAUACAUUCGAAUUGAUAAGAACGAACUCUAUGACCAUAAGCCAUCGUUGACACAUUGUUGGAGUAUACGUCAAGAACUCGAAUUGCAAUGGAAUGCAUUAGUCGAUGAAGAGAAAAUCGUUCAUAAGAGAGUGGUUACCAAUCGCGAUAUCGAGACAAAGAGACUCUUAUGA